GCUCGGGCACUGGCAUGAUGACACCGCCAGGAAGUGUCAUUGCCAUGAGGUGACCCCAGGUCUUUGCCCACCCUUCCCCUCCCUUGACCUUGAUGGUCUGUGAGUCACUUUGUGCUUCGUCCCGGGUCCUCCGUCGCCAGAGGCAGCCCGCGGGACGUCUCGGCCCCGGGCCCUGAAUGCAGGCAAGCACCCAGCUCCUUCCGCGAGCGUUGGGUGGGGAAGAGGCAGGUGGAGGUGAGGGCCAAGGUCAUCUCGAACGUCCCAAAUCUUUGCCAUUACCUGCUGCUGCUGAUAAAAUCAAGAUGGCCUUAAACUCAGGGUCACCGCCAGGAGUUGGACCUUACUACGAAAACCAUGGAUACCAACCCGAGAGCCUGUACCCCCCACAGCCCGCUACGGCCCCCAGAGCCUACCCGGUGUAUCCGGCCCCGUACUACCCGCCUGCAGUGCCCCAGUACACCCCGAGGGUGCUGACGCACACUUCGACACCUGCCAUCCACACGCAGCCCAAGUCCCCGUUGGGGACGGGGUGCACCGCAAAGACUAAGAAAGCGCUGUGCAUCACCGUCGCCCUGGGGACCAUCCUGGCGGGGGCAGCUGUGGCCGCGGUCCUGCUCUGGAAGUUCAUGGAGGACAAGUGCUCGGUGUCGGGGAUAGAGUGCGGCAGCUCGGGGACCUGCAUCAGCCCCUCUCAGUGGUGCGACGGGGUCCUGCACUGCCCCAGCGGGGAGGACGAGAACCGGUGCGUUCGCCUCUACGGACCGAACUUUAUCCUCCAGGUGUACUCGUCCCAGAGGAAGUCCUGGCACCCCGUGUGUCAGGACAACUGGAGUGACAGCUACGGGAGGGCCGCGUGCCAGGACAUGGGUUACCGGAAUAGUUUCUAUUCGAGCCAAGGAAUAGCAGAUGACAGCGGGGCCACCAGCUUCAUGAAGCUGAACAUAAGCGCCGGCCAUAUGGAUCUCUACAAGAAACUGUACCACAGUGACGUCUGUUCUUCAAAAACGGUGGUUUCUUUACGCUGUAUAGAGUGCGGGGUCUCUGCGAAGGUGACCCGUCAGAGCCGGAUCGUGGGCGGGACCAGCGCCUCCCUGGGGGACUGGCCCUGGCAGGUCAGCCUGCACGUCCAGGGCACCCACGUCUGUGGAGGCUCUAUUAUCAGCCCCGAGUGGAUCGUGACAGCCGCCCACUGUGUGGAGGAACCUCUAAACAACGCGCGGUACUGGACGGCCUUCGCGGGAAUUUUGAGACAAUCCUUCAUGUUCUAUGGACACGGACACCGAGUGGGAAAAGUGAUUUCCCAUCCAAAUUAUGAUUCCAAGACCAAGAACAACGACAUUGCCCUCAUGAAGUUGCAGACGCCUCUGACUUUUAACGACAGAGUGAAGCCAGUGUGCCUGCCUAACCCGGGCAUGAUGCUAGAGCCGGAGCAGUCCUGCUGGAUUUCCGGGUGGGGGGCCACCCAGGAGAAAGGGAAGACCUCGGACGAGCUGAACGCGGUCAUGGUGCCCCUCAUCGAGCCCUGGCGCUGCAACAGCAAGUACGUCUACAACAACCUGGUCACUCCGGCCAUGAUCUGCGCGGGCUUCCUGCGGGGAGGCGUCGACUCCUGCCAGGGUGACAGCGGAGGUCCCCUGGUCACUCUGAAGAGCCGCGUCUGGUGGUUGAUCGGCGACACGAGCUGGGGAUCCGGCUGUGCCAAGGCUAACAGGCCGGGAGUGUACGGAAACAUGACCGUUUUCACCGACUGGAUUUAUCGGCAAAUGAGGGCAAACAGCUGAUCCCCGUGGCCUUUGUCCUUGUUCCUCGAGGAGAUGAAGGGGCUGAUUCUCCAUUCCUCGCGCACGAUGUAUUUUUAGAGAAGCUUCGAAGGUCCUUUCAUGGUUAUUAAAUAGUGAAUUUGUCUGUCUUUGGCACUCUCCACGGUUCUGCGGAACUUGCUCCCUGACCCCUCAUCCAAAAAGGGUGGCCAGGCCCAGCUGGGUGCGGGCACCCAGCACCAACGCGGAGCAAUGGGGUGGGGGCUCCCCCGUUGGGAUCUUCCUUCCGAGCCCUCUCCGGGGUCCACCUUCGGAUGCACAUGGGGUCAGUGACUUCUCAGCUGCUGGAUGACUUGAGAUGGAAAGGGAGAAAGCCAGGUGGGACCGUCAGGGGCAGGCUCUGAGGCCACUGCUCUGGAGGGCGACCCCAGGGCCAGUCUCCCCACAGGGGUCUUCGUUGAUCAUUUUUUAGUGCCUUUUCAGUAACCUCGGAUGGUGGCUGGAAAUAAAGGGACCAGCCCUUCAUGGCUGAGGACGUGAGGGCGAGGGUGCAGACAGAGCCCUCCGAACAAGGAAAGCCAUUGCAGACACGUCCCGCAUGCGCACUGCUGGGUGGUUGGCCUCCGCGUGUUGGGCGGGGGCGCCCCCAAGGGAGACCCAGCCUCACUCCCCAUCCUCGUCCUUGGGGGUGCCGUGCUUGACCCUCUUGGGGCCUGCCAAUCACAUGGAAAUUGAGGCCACCCCCGGGGGAAAUCAGGGAUGUGUGAUUCAAGAGACACUGUUUCGGUGUGAAGCUUCUACACCUUACUUACCUACCUCAGUGCUCACCGAGUCUUGAUGCCUCCGCAUAGUCGCUAACUUUGGCUCUUUGAGACUAUGGUCCCGGCCAAGUGCCAACGGUGGCGGGCUAGAACGGGCUUUGCAAAGGGUUCUGCACACAGGUGUUGCUGAGGAGCAGCACCUGGGCUUGCAACAGAGCAGAGGAGGGGGGUGGGGACGCCCUGAGGCCCCUUCCUGCCCUGCGGCCUUUCCCUGGAGGGAAGGGCCAGGCCUGAAUGCCGGGCGGGAGCAGAAGCGCUCUUGCCCCGUGCGUACUGCUUUCCCCAGGCUCUGCCUCUGCUCACGCACGAUUCUGCUGCUGGGGCUUAACCCCGAAAGGGGAAGGUCGUGGGGUCCCAUCCCCAGGCGGGGGUGCGGGAUGCUUCAGAUCCGUGUGCCUCCUUGGCCGCAGCAUCCCUGGGGGCCUUCCCAACCCUCGGCACCGCCGGGUCCCAGCUCUCCAAGCCAGAUUUUGAAAAGCAUCGUCGGGGUGAGAACGUGUUCCUUCCUUAGCUUCUGUGUAUGUGACCACUGUUUGUCUUCUUUGGUUUGUAUCUUUUUUUAAAACUGUAAAAUUGAAUUGUGAGCAUUGUACAAAUAAAUUAUACUUUUUUUUUUCCA